GGUCAUAAGAGUGUGAUUCGUGUCUGCUCUGUAACUCUUGAACUGUUUGAACGAUUUCAAAGAAACUUGGCACAAAUGUUCACCACACUGAGGUGACGUGCAGAGCGCAUGUUUUUGAUGACUCGCUUCAAGGUCAAGGUCACUAUUAGGGGUCAAAGGUCCAGUUUUUAGAUGUAUUUUGACAUAACUUUACCUGGUAAGAAUUUUUUUGUGGACUUAGAAAUCUUUUUUUUUUGGAAUUUUUUCUUUUUUGUUGUUUCUGUCCUUUGGGCUUCAACAGUCAAGUUCUUUAAAUUUCGCUGCCAUCCUCUGCUGUAACCCUUCGGGCAUAUAUUGCCCCGCUUGGCGGCGCUCUUGUCUGUCAUGAAAUAUGAAAACAUCAGUGAAUGAUGCUUGUGGUAAAACUUUCUCUACUGUACAUAAAGGACACCUGUACUUAAAUGUGUUCAUUUGUCUUAAUUUUUUUAAAUUUAGGAAAACGAUGCCUAUGAUCUUGAUCAUGUUAGCUGCUGCGUUUGGAAGAUCUACUUACAACUUCAUGCAAAAUGAAGAAAAAGAAACCAAAUGUUCAGUGUAUAAGUACAUUAGUGCAGUCUCUAAUACUACAGGCAAUCACAGGCUGUGCUUUCAUGCCAUUGGUAGUACCAGUGCUGGUAAAACAUCUUUAUUCCUGACAUUAAACAGGCUUGAUGUGCUAACUGAAUUAUACAAGAUGCCCUUGCAAACUGAAUCAGCCAAGAAGGUGUUGUUAACUGAAUCAGACUUUAGGCUAUUUCAGUUUAUGACUUCAAAAGAUUCUGAUCUGGCUCUUGUAACACCUGUAAGGACAUUCUUAUAUGAGCUAAAGCAAAUUAAACUUCAUUUAGAAAUGAUGGAAUCAAGAGUUGUGAAUAUUUGCAAUCCAUUCAAGAUUUCUCAGUCAGAAAUUUUGAUCAAGCUUUCACCUUUCAAUCUAAACAAGCAGAGUCUUGAAGUUGAUCAGAUAGAUACACUUAUUUUCAAUGAAAAUAUGCCAUUGAUUCGCAUAUCACAAGGGGAGGACUCUGAAAAAAGUGGUACCAAAAGGAAAUCAUCCUUCCAGAAGGUAAUUGUUAAAAGGAAAAGAAUUUUUGGCAUAACAGAAAAGAAGUUUUCUGAAAUAUCACUCCUAAGACAGAAAAAGAUAACAACAGUUGCAAAGUUCUUAUUAGAGCUUUUUACAUUGUUGAGAAGAAAAGAUUAUAAAGAAAUUAAUCUAAAUGAAUACAUCAUAACUGAUGAAUACAAAGAAGGCACCACUAAAGAGGAUCUUACUGAACUUGAACUCUGUCAACGUGAAACAUCCAAAUCGGUUCACAAUGACAUUACAGUGCAUGAAGUUGGUACAACAAGAUCCGCAAAAAUGUCACCAAUAAAAGAUAUGAAAAUUAAUCAAAUGUCACGGAAAAAAAGAAAACCGUUUGGUGGUGAUGAACAUAUCAUUACAUUAACAGGCAUGGACGAAGUUGUUUGUGAAAUACCUGAAGUUACAUUUAAAAGACCAGGUAAUAGCCUGCCAUUCAAUGAUGUCGUUGAAUCACAAGAACUAAGUAAAUUAGAUAGUCUUGAACAUAAAAACACAAGUGGUGUUGAAAACAUGACAGCACUUGACCGUGUCAAUGAAAUGAAAGCAAAAUUAAAAUAUCGACACAUAAGAAUGGAAGUUUACCCAGACAGACAGGCAAAUCAGUCUUAUACUUCCUCUGUUAAUGAAACAACAGAUGAUGAAAAUGAUGGAGAAUUUCAGGACUUGAAAUAUAAAGUGGUGUGUGGGUCAAAUGUUCCAAAAGCUGAUGGAAAAUGUGAUGAAUCAACAUUCAAAAGGUUAACGAAAAGUCUUGCUUCUGAAUCGCACGAGAAUGAUCUAUUAGAAGUCCUCAGAAGUGUAACACGGCUUACUUCAGAAGAAAUGCCUUCACCAAGGAUUGAUCAGGUUUUCCUCGAAACAAGUGUCUACUUUGUUACUGAAUUUGAACCAUUGAUGGAUAUUAUUAACCUGAUUGCAGAUGGUAACCCUCCAACACCACAUGUAUCAAUGAGGUAUGAACUAUUAAGGUUCUGCACUUUGAGAAGUUAUCCAAAGGAAAACAAACCAUACCUGAUCAAGCUAGCAGAAGCAGGAUUCUAUUAUGCCUCAGAUGGCGAUGGUGUCGUCUGCUACUGCUGUGGUGUCAGGCGUUACAACUGGGUGGCAGAAGAUAAUCCAAUGAAAAUUCACCAGAGGAUAAAUCCAAACUGUAAAUUCCUGAGAAAAAAUGAUGAAGUCAAUGUUCCAGUCCAGUACUUUGGGCCAUUCAGCAGGGCCUUGAUGGCUAUCAUGGAUAUACCAGAACCAAGGGAAAGACCAGAACAGAGUGAAGAUGUAAACAAUGACUGGGCACCAGAAAGAGCUCCAGAAAGAAGUCCAGCUCCUGCACAGCAAAAUAGAACUAAUGAAGCUGCAUCAAAUUCUCUUGGUAAGAAAAUAAUGGUUUUACUUUUUUUUUUGUUGUAUAGCGUAUUAACAUAUUAUAAGACUAGUAUAUCAAAAGAAUCAAGUCUCAAGAAAUUUUCAGCAACCAGUUAG